UCUUUCUGCUUCUGCUCCUGAGAAAAAUAGAGAGAGAGAGAGAGAGAGCGCGGAGUCCGAUAUUCUUUUGACUCUGUUUGGGUUUUUUUGUUUUUUUGUUUUCACUUCCAUUUUUCUUUUCCUCUUUUUUCAUCGAUUUUUCUUUCUAUAUUUCUGUCUGUGUGUAAGUAUGGCGGCGUUGAAGCAGAGGAAGGAGGAAUGAGAAGGAGGGGAGUGAAAGUUUUCACAACAAAGAAUGCGAACGCUUUGCGACGUCUGCGAGAGCGCCGCUGCGAUCCUCUUUUGCGCCGCAGACGAGGCCUCUCUUUGCCGUUCUUGCGACGAUAAGGUCCACAUGUGUAACAAACUUGCCAGCAGACAUGUACGAGUUGGUCUGGCUGACCCCAGUGAUGUUCCCCGUUGUGACAUUUGUGAAAAUGCACCCGCCUUCUUUUACUGUGAGAUAGAUGGUACUUCCCUUUGCCUUCAAUGCGACAUGGUUGUACAUGUUGGUGGUAAGAGAACCCAUGGUAGAUAUCUCCUACUCCGGCAGAGAGUUGAGUUUCCAGGUGAUAAGCCUGGCCAUUUAGAAGAGCUAGGGCUACAACCUCUUGAUUCUAAUGAUGUAAGAAGGGACCGAAUUCAGCCUAGUAAGUUCACAGCUAGAGAGAAUCAGCAGAAUCACAGCGUCUCCCCUGUUCCAGUUCUAGACAAUAACAUCAAUAGUGAUGGCAAGAUGGAGAACAAAUUGAUUGAUCUUAAUGCCAGGCCCCAAAGAAUUCAUGGGCAAGCUUCAACUAACCAGGAACAGGGUAUGGACGUUUUGAGUGGCAGUAAUCAUGAAUCUGCAAGUGUGGUUCCUGUUGGAUCAUUUAAAAGAGAGCCUGAAAAAUGAUAAGAGAUGGUGAUGGCAAAAAAAUUUCUGUACCAUCUUUCCACUUAACAAAAUUAAUGGCUUCCGUUCUUCUUCACACAUUUCUCUUAGGUUUUUAAUUUUCACGUUCUGUCUCUUUCAUUCCUUGUGCAAAGUUGAUUAGAUGAAGAGAGAUUUUACCACUGUACCAACAACAGUUAGCUUGUUAUAAAAUUUGACCUAAAUUGUUAGUUUUCUGAAAGUCUCCAAUUAAAAUAAAGAUGUUAAUGUUGGUCCC